AUGUCAUGGUCAGAACACCUUCCAUUUGUGCUUGUUCUCUGCGAAACCCAUGUUCAGCGUGCGUUUGAAAAGAAGUUCAACAACCACGAAGCCACUGCAGUGAUUCCUCUGAUCUUUAGUGCCCGUUCAAAGGCUGAAGUUCUAGCGAUUAUGGAUCACACAUCUGCGAAAUGGCCUGAAACAAAGCAUUGGUUUCAGAACAAUAUGACUAGCUGGGUUUUGACUGGUAUCAUUUCUGAAAUGUCAAAAGUCCCAAUACAUUGGUGGAACCUUGCGCCACACCAUAAAGGGAUUAGCGAGAGUAGCCAAUACCGCGAUAAUGAGGCAGUUUGCCGGAAGCAAGCACUACUCACUACAAUCAUUCGAUGUAAACACCAUGCUCAUGAGAUGAUCGCAAAGAACCGGCGAGCAGAGCAGGGGGGCAUCCGCCUUUCAUGGCGUUCUUUGGAUCGAAGUUACCGCAUUGAAAAGCAGAUGAACGGCACCGAGCUUAUGCAAAUCGUCGCUUUGAAAAGUCUGAUCUACCAUGGAACGCGACUAAUCCAUACGACCGCCCUGAACAAGCAAUGCAGCCCCCGGACACACUAUCAGAUACAACUUCGACGUCUGGUACAAGCGCAAUAA